UGAUUUAUAUAAAUUUGAGGCUUCCAACUAUAAGGUUGGUUUGAAAUUUGAAGUAUAACCCAACCUAUUUUCCGUCAUCGUUAAAUUAAAAAAACUUGUGCAGAUUCGGGGAAUUGUAACCGCGGCCGCAACUGAAGCACCCAUUAAUGGCGGACGCUGAUGGAGCUUCGUCGAUCCCUAAUUCUAUUCCUUCUGAUCCUUCAGACGCGAAUCUCCAAAAGAAGCACGCUUCAGUCAUCGAACGCCUAGCCAUUCGCAAUCAAACUCGCUUAGAGAAUUCUAUAACUCGCAGAUCAGAAUCCGAUUCCUCUACCUCUUCCACUUCUUCCUUUCUCGUCCGCUUUUCCGACUCCAAGCGCGCCAUCGAGUCGGCACUCGCCCAAUGCCGCCUCACACCGCCGGACCCCGCUCAACUCAGAUCUCACCUCGAUGGGAUAUCCACCUCAAUCUCCGACCUCGAGAAGCUCGUUGCCGAAUCCUCUUACUCCUUGCCCUCAUACGAGGUACGAGCUUCACUCAAAUCCAUUUCGGAAUUGAAACAAGCCCUCGAUAAUUUAAAUUCUGAGUUGCUACCUAAGAAGAAAUUCUCAUUCAAAAACAAAGCCACGAAGAAAGACCAAAAAUCAGAGUCGAAAGAUCCAGGGCUUGGAAAUGCCGAUUCUAUGUUAACGAACAAGCAACAGCAAGCGAGUUAUAACGCGCGGGAUUCUCCAGGAAUCAGAGACAAGGAUGGAGAGAUUCUGGUAAAGAAUUUCAAGGGAUCAGAUAUUGGGGAAUUCACUAUCUCGGGUCUUAGUUCUUGUGAGGUCAAGUUGAUCGGUACUGUUAGGGCAUUAUUUAUUCACAAACUAAGAAACUGCAAAGUUUAUACGGGACCUGUAAUGGGUUCAAUUCUAAUUGAUGAUGUUCAGGAAUGUACAUUUGCAAUGGCCUCCCAUCAAAUCCGGAUUCACAACGCUAAGAACAGCGAUUUCUAUCUCAGAGUCAGGAGUAGGCCGAUCAUUGAAGAUAGUAGCAGCGUGCGAUUCGCUCCGUAUCGUGUGAGCUACGAAGGAAUUGAAGAAGAUCUCACAGAUGCAAGCCUUGGCGUGGAGACAGGAAAUUGGGAGAAUGUAGAUGAUUUUCUUUGGUUGCGAGCCGUGCCGUCCCCGAACUGGUCGAUUUUGCCGGAGGAUGAGCGGAUUGACACCAUCAAAAUCUCACUCACAGAAGGUUGAGCCUUUGAAAGUUAAGUUUUUCAUCUCUACUUUUGAUAAAUCCCAAGUUUUCUUUCAAGGUUUUGUUUGGUUAAUAGAGCAGUAGGAUGCAUCAUAGAGAAUUUCAAAUAGUUGAUUUUGCUGUGAUUGUGUGUGUACAAAACUGGGAAUCCUAGUAAAUUCUCUCCCUUUCAAUUGGUGAUUUUUCAAAAAAUAUUUCUUGGGUUGGCUGUUUUUCUUGCUGCCUUUUCGGGAGUUGCUAUAGCCGCUUGAUAACUAUGACUUGAGGAAUAUUAUUGUCAUUUUUUUUUCAUACCAUGAAGAUUUAGACUAGUAUGGUUAUGAAUGAAACAUUGUCUCAAAAUUGAAUAUUAGUUCUGGAAACAUGAUUCGUAGGCUUUCUGCUCCUGUGUGUAUGCUUAGUCUCAAAUUUUGAUGUACUAUGAUGAGUAAAAGUAUUGGAGAGAGUUCUUUAAAGGGUUGAUCAUAAGCACAACUGAUAUAUGUCCCGAGAGUUUUCAUCUAAUGAAUGCUUAUGGAAGAUUUGGUAAUUGCAUCGAACAAAUUAGAUGUCAUGUUUUGUUCUUGAAUUUGAAGCUAGAAUUGCAUGUCAACCAUCGUGAGUUGAUCUAGUAGUAAAAAAGGAGAUAGAUUUUCGAUAACUAAGAGUCAUGAGUUCAAUUCAUGGUGGUCAGCUACUUAAGAAUUAAUUUUCUAUAAGUUUCGUUGACAUCUAAAUGUUAUAGGGUCAAGCAAGUUGCCACUUGAGAUUAGUUAAGAUGCACGCAAGCUCGUUCGGACGCUCACAGUUAUAAAAAAGAAGCUAGAAUUGCAUGUCUUAGAACAUUGAUAUCUACCUAGCCAUUUAAUGCUUAGCUUAGCUACUAGAUUUGCAAUUGGAUAAGUUGCCUUUUUUCUUUUAUAAAAGAGAGCAACAAUUUCAAUGAUAAAUGAAAGAAGGGAGUAAAAACUUCAAGUACCUCAUAUGUAAGUUAUGAUGAAGUUUGAUUGAAAAUGAAGAAAGAUGAGCUAUAAAGAAGAGGAAACAUUCUUGAAAAUGUUGUCAUUUCGUUCUCUUCAAGAUGCCAGAAGAUCAUAGAUAGAUUAUGGAUAUAGAAAGCGACACCGACCAGCCCAAAGUUUACCAAAGAGAACCAAAACCAAGAUGCAAAGGACAAUGCACAUUUUAGUGGCAAGAAAUAGUCUCAAAUGAUGCUUUAGCAGCAUCCUUGACUAUAGAGCCAAUGAGGUUCAGGUUCAUCAUAUUUUAGUUGAUGAAGGAAGUUCACCAAAAGGCAGUAGCCUCGCUUGAUCCUCCAUGCCCCCCAAUGGAAGCCUCCUUUAGGUUUAUCCUCAACAAUUCUUACCAUAGCUUUCGUGAUCGGAUUCCAAAUUUGAGCCAAAGCUUUGGUGCAACCCUCAAAAUAUUGUAUAAAGCAACAUAUUCAUUUGUCGGCUUAUUCGUUUGCUAACAAGUAUCCAUCGGUAUGCCAUCCUGCCUAAAAAAUAAGGAAACGUAUGCCUCAAAUGGCGAUCAUCGCUUUACAGUCGUCAUCAACGUCCACCACUUACUUCACACAAUUCAUGUUGUUACUUAUGAUGUAAAUUUGAGUUGAAAUGUUAAAUAUUCUAUUAUUCUUUUUAUUGAUAUACACAUUCUAUAAAGUUUUGGUACUAUCUCUGAA